CGUCAUUCAUAUCGUGGCGAGCGAGAGCGCACAAACAACUUGCAAGACAUUGUGAAAUGUGAACGGCCACCCACUGCUUGCAUAUCUCCUUGUACUACUACUAAUUUACUUGAAAGUUGUGGCUACGAAACAGUUAGUCUAUUGACUCCUGCCAUACAUGUUGAAUCCAUUACUGCGCUAUUAAUAAUUUUAAUUAGUGAUACUGGACAUUCAUUCCAAUGACAAUUGUUUCGACGAAUAUUAGUGAAAACAUCAUAAUGGCGGAUCCAGUAGCAACAAAUACAGACGACUUGGAAGAUGGAGAAAUCGAAAGUGACGGUGAAGAAACAAAUGAAGUUACCACAGAAGUCAAGAAAGAAGAAUCAGUACCAGAUGUUGAAGGCACUAGAGAUCAAGAUAAAACUGACAAUCAAAAUUUUUACCACUCUAAAUCAGGUAAGAAAAAAAAAUCAAAAUCAAGUAAAAGCGAAAAGUCAAAAGAUAAAAGUAAAAAGAGUCGAAAGUACACGGAUUCCGUUGAAGAUGAUUUUGCUGGUAAUAUUGAGAAAGCUAUUAGAAAAGCUAUGAAUAAAGCUGAGGGAGGUGAAAAUCAAGCUGAAGAGGAUGUUGAGGAACGACGAAAACAUAAAAAACGAAAGAAAUAUGAUGGAAAGGAAGGGCCUAGUAAGAAACGCAAAAAGCAAGAAUAUUCUGACGAAAUGGACGAAAGCGAAAUGAUGUGUGUGAGGGGUGCUUCGCCUGUACAGAAAAAAUCACCAGAUGAAAUGUAUCAAGAUGACGACAGAGAAUCAUAUGAUUCUGAUAGCAGUCAAGACUCUCGCGGUCAUCAUGCUCAUCGUCAAAGACAUAGGCCGCCUCAGCGGGUGAGAAAUAAAAACAAAAAUGACAGAAGAAGAGAAACACAUCCAAUGCAAGAUCCUGAUGGUGUUUGCUUAUAUUAUAUGCAAGGAAAAUGUCAUAAAGGUGAUGAUUGCAUUUACUCUCACGAUGCUCAACCUCCGAGAAAAAUGGAAUUAUGUAAAUUUUAUUUGAUGGACUGCUGUGCAAAAAGAGAUAAAUGUUUAUAUAUGCAUGCAGAUUUUCCAUGUAAAUAUUAUCAUACUGGGCUUCCUUGUAUAUACAAAGACGAAUGUAAAUUCGCACAUGGUAAACCACUUAAUGAUAGUCUAAAAAAUAUAUUAUUAAAACACAUUGAGUCAGCGCCUAAAGAAAUUUUAGGUGAUUUUCCGAGAUUAAAUAGAGAAGGUGCAUUAAAAAUGAUACAAACCACGCAAUUAAAGUUAAUGCAACAGUUUUCAGAAAAUAAUGAUAAUCAAGUAAGAAACAUACCAUCGCUUUUUGAUUUAAAUAUACCAAAUCCGCAAAGUAAUCCCGACCUACAAAUGCAUCAAUAUAAUAACGAAAGACAGAAUAAAAUAUCACCCAAAGUUCGUCAAUCAAGAUGGCAAAAUGAUCAUUUAAGUCCAAAUGCAAAUUCGUCUCCUAAUAGCAGUAAUGUAGGAAAUACGAAUGUUUUAAGUAUUAAAAAUUUAACUGGUGUAUUAACACCUCGACAAAUAUCUGAUCUGACAAAAAUGGGUAUUGAAAAUCUAGAUCAAUUAGGUCAGCUAACAGUAUUACAGUUGAAUAGUAUUGGAAUAUCUCUGAAACAAAUAACCGAAAUUCAACUGAACACGAUGAGUAUUCAAAAGUUAGGUCUAAUCAACAAUAUUGAACAACAGUCUCAAUUUGGAGGGCCUAAUACUGUUGCGAAAGAUUUAGAUUUACGUGUGCCACCUGCAGCCCCUUCUUCGAACAGUUUAUCGAUGCCACCAGAAUUACCUGGACAAGACGUUGAUAUGCGCUUUCAACCCAAUGUUACGCUUGGUGUUAAUGAAGAUUCAUCAAAUAAUAAAAUAUUUAAAAAAGAUGCAAAUAGUAAAGAUAUGAUCGAUAUUGAUCAAUAUACGAAGGACGCAUUAAAGUUUGCAACAAAAGAUAAAGAAAACAUUGAUAUAUCAAAUGAGUCUUUAGAAAAUGAAAAACUUCAUCAAAUUAAUGAAGUAAAAGAUGUUGAUCAUAGGGUACUUCCUUUUACAGAAGGCGAUACUAGCAUUCGACGGCCUAAUAUUGAAGAAAGCUUAAUGCAUACUGAAGGUGAUACAGACAUACGUUUCUUGCAACCAGAACCAAUAUUUAAAAAUCCUGAAAAAAGCACGAUAAGUAAUCGUCGAUCUACAACUGAUGACGAUGAAGAUAAUAAUUUAUUAAUUGAUGAAAAAUGGUAUUCUAGUGAUGAAGAGAAGGGUAGUAAAAAAAAGUCUCCUCAUGCGUCGCCUCAUAAUGUUUUGAUGUCACCACCAACUCCAGCGCCCUCUGUUAUAGAACCUUCAGCCGUUUUAAGUAAACUUGGAGAUCUUUCUAAAAUUGACAUUAGCGAAGAAGUUACAAAGCUAUUAAAUACAAUGAAAAAUAAUUUACAAGACAAUAAAACAAGUACUAGUGAAAUUCAAGAGCAAAUCAUUUCAAGAGAUCCGCGAUCAAGACGCUCCCCAGUUAAAACAAAUGAAAUGAGUAAACCUGCUAGCAAAAAAUCAUCACGAGUUUCUAUUUAUGAAUGUAUAGACGGUGAACCGACAGAUGGACGUAGGAGAACCGACGUUGAUCUCAGACAAACAAAUAAACCUUCAGGAUUUGGAGACACAGAUUUAAGACAAGGCACAAGUGGUGAUAUUGAUUUACGUUUAGGUUUACCCUUUAAACCACUUCCAAAUUAUACACCAGCUUCCGAAAUUAAUGGUUCUAUUAACAGUCAUCCACCUAUUCAAUAUAAAAUGAUUUUAAUUCAUAUACCCCGGCCUGAUUACACCGAUAUUAAAAACAGUAUCGCAAAAUCACAAGCUUUAACUGAUCCUAGGCUAAGGAAAGUAUUUAGAUUGUCAGUUGAGGAAUCAAAUAGCGAUAGUGAAAAGUCAUCUAAAGUUGUGAAUACAGCUCCUAGAGUAGAUCCUCGUAGAAAACCGAAAGAUUCAAUAGAAAACAUUACUGAACAGAAAUCUAAUUCUUUAGAAUUACAAACUAUUUUACAAAAUUCAAACUGGUAUAAAGAAUUAAGUUCCACCCAAAAAAUAUUUGUUAAUCAACAUUUAGCACCUGUAACCCAAAUGAUUAAACAAUUUCAACAAGAAAAAUUACCAGGUAAAAAGUUUGAUUUAACUUCUAUACAAAGCAAUACUGUCCUUUGUAAUGUUUUCACGAAUUUAGGUAUAUCAUUAGGAGAAAAUGGUGAGUUCGCGUAUCUGCCUAAGCCGAAAGAAGCUCUAUUAAAAACACCUAUUAAUUUUAAUCAAAAUUCAAACCCAUUUUCAAUGAAUAAUAACAUGCCAGGAGGCCCUGGUGCUAUGGAAGGUAAUAUGAAUAUGAUGAACAUUCCACCAAUGGGAAUGGGAGGAAUUGGUGGAAUGAAUAAUAUGAAUCACAUGCAUGGUUUUAAUCAGUCUUUACCGGAUCCAAGAGGCGGUCCAGCUCCUGGACUUUUAGGUAUUGCUCCAAAUAUACCUCAUAAUUUUAAUAACAACAAAUUUGGAGGGCCGCAUAACUUUGGAAAUAUGGGUUACAACGGUCCAUCGGGAAAUGAUUUUAACUAUAUGGAAGGCGAUCAAAACUUUCAACGGUUCCCUAACAGAGGAGGAGGUCAUCGAGGACGAGGCAACGAUCGGUGGAAUCGGGGCGGAUCCGGGAGAGGUCAUAGAGAUCGAAAAAAUUUCAAUGAAAGAGGAAAUUGGAAAAAUGACAGACAUUAAUUGUCGUAAACCUAUGCAAAAUUAUGCAAGUAUCAUGUACCCUUCCACAUACUACAGAAUGUGAUCAAGGUGAUAAUUAUUAGUAACGUUAGACUUGUUAAGGUAGUUCAUUUUUAUAAUUUAUUAUAUUGUAAUAGCGUAAGAUUUCUGUACAAGGUCUUUAAUAGUGUAAAUAUAUAUUCUACGAAGUAAAUCGAUUCACUAUAAGUUUCGCGUUAUAAGAUUAAUCAUAUAUAGCUAAUUAUCUUUAUUGAAAAUAAUAAUGAAUUUAAGUUCAUUAAAAGUACUCAUUAUACGAGCCAAAUGUUUAAAGACUGAGUGCAGGUUUAUAAUUGAGUUUUUAUGUUUUCUAUAUUAAUAAUAUGAAGGUCAACUCAUAGUAACAUAGAAAGUGAUUUCACAAACAUAAAGCUCUUUUUGAGAUAUUAAUUAUUAUUGUUAUCUCAACAGAAGAAUUAGCAAUAUUAUAUAUUAAUUAAAGUAAGGAUACCCUGAUAUGUCCAGUAAUUUUAACUAACAAAAGCAAUAUGAUACAUUACAACUACGAAUGUUGAACAAUUUUUGUAAAAUAUACUAAAUAAGGAGACUUCCGACUUGUUUGUAAGUGAUAGAGAUUUGUAUUAAUAAAAAUUCUACUGGACUUAAUAAAUUUAUGUUUAAUAUUUG